ACGAACGACGCGGUUCCAGCGGUGGGAGGAAUUCUGGCAAAGGGCCGGGCGUGAAGCCAACCACCCCGAAAACAUCGGAGGAAGAAGCCCUCCCCGUCGUACUACUCGUCGCCAUCGCCCUUGCCUUGCCCAGUCAGAAAACCGGAGAAGAGGAGAGAGUCAAGAGCGUCGUAGCCUGUUCGUCUCCGCGCGACCGGCGCGGUCGCCUCCUCAACUCAACCCCCCCUCUGCCCGCUGGUCCGGCGCUCGCGAAUCCGGCCAUGGAGGCGCUGUGGAAGCAGGCCUCCAGGCUCAAGGAGCAGGUCGCCCGCCAGGGUGUGUUUAGGCAGUUUGGAGGUGCCUAUGGAAAUUCAGAUAAUGCAUUUACAGACGAAUCGGAAGUUAAACUACACCAGAGAUUGGAAAAGCUUUACUUAUCAACUCGUGCUGCUAAACAUUUUCAAAGGGACGUUGUUCGUGGUGUGGAGGGCUACAUAGUCACAGGAUCUAAGCAAGUGGAGAUAGGAAAUAAACUGUGUGAUGAUAGCCAGAAAUAUGGCAUAGAAAACACAUGUACGAGUGGUAAUACUCUAUCCAAAGCUGCGACAUAUUAUGGAAAGGCCCGUUCGCUUAUAGAAAAGGAACGUGGAAACAUGUUGAAAGCAUUUGGUACACAGGUGGCAGAGCCGCUACGAGCAAUGGUAAUGGGUGCUCCCCUGGAGGAUGCUAGACAUCUCGCCCAGAGAUAUGACAGAAUGAGGCAAGAAGCUGAUGCUCAGGUUGUUGAAGUUUCAAGGCGUCAAAAUAGGGUAAGAGAAUCAGCUGGGAAUGGUGAAGUGAUAUCAAAGUUGGAAGCAGCUGAAUUUAAACUUGAAGAACUGAAGUCAAGCAUGGUCGGAUUAGGAAAGGAAGCUGUUGCAGCAAUGGCUGCCGUUGAGGCUCAGCAGCAAAGAUUAACAUUACAACGUCUCAUUGCGAUGGUUGAGGCUGAGCGAACGUACCAUCAGAAAGUUCUCGAGAUCCUUGACCAUUUGGAAGAAGAAAUGGUGUCCGAGCGUCAAAAAAUUGAAGCACCUCCAACCCCAGCAGCUGAAAAUUAUAUGCCACCACCACCAUCAUAUGAAGAAGUUAAUGGCAUGUUUGCAUCCACUUCUACUGAUCAGUCAGUCAACUCUGUCGACUUCUUCCUGGGAGAGGCCCUCGAUUCCUUCAAGGCUGAGAGUGAAUCGGAGCUUAACUUGUCUCUUGGGGACAUUGUUAUUGUCCGAAAGGUAUCGAGCAACGGCUGGGCGGAAGGUGAAUGCAAGGGAAAAGCAGGAUGGUUCCCACAUGCUUAUAUCGAAAGACGAGAGCGUGUUCUAGCGAGCAAAGUUCCACAUAUUUUUUAGGAGUUUUGCGAGGAAUAUAGGUAUAGAUGGUGGAUUUAAUAGUUGGAAAAGUGAUCGUUCUCUUGUUCCUUACUGUAAGUGAUGUGUAUAGAUUGAACUUUUUUGUUUGUGAGACGCUUCAACUUUCAACAACCAGGUUGGCCAUUAGCGAUAUUUGUAUUUUUGUUUGGAAAGACGAAUUAA